CGCGCCAGAGAACCAAGUGGAGCCCCAGCCGGCACGGGAACCUCUCCCGCCGCCGCUGGCGCUCUCCGUCGCCUUGGAGAGUUGAGCGGGCUGAUGGGCAGCGUGGACCAGCCGCAGCCGCCUCGGGGCCGAGCUGUCGCCUGCGCUGUGGUCGUCAGUCGCCUUCCUUCGCCGGAGGCGCCCCCUGCGAGCGGUGGGAUCGUACCGUAAGAUGUAGGAUGCUCCCGGUGCCGAGAGCCAAGCGGCGGCAGCCUUUUCUGUGGCCCGGGAAUGUGGAGCCCGCAGCGCCUCCGUGGAUUUGGAUGGUCCCGAGCGCGGCCGGGCUCUUUCGGAUCGGGGGUGCCGCCAGCGUGGUGCCUCCUCCUGUGCUGCUUUCCGCGCCGCCUCAUCCUCAUCCUCCCCCGCCACCGCCGCCCGCCCCGCUGCUCCAGGGGGUCUCAGGCUGGCAAGUUCCCUGCGAUCCUUUCCUGCCUUUGAUGGCACCGGAGCACCAUUCCGCUGUUCACCAGCUCCCCUUUUUGAAUGGACAGUGGAUGUUUGGAACUCAUUCCCCAGUCAUUGGAUUUUCACCAUCGUCGAACUUGGAGUUUGUUCCUCUGUUUCCCCAAGUGUAUACAGCUACUGGGCCACCUCAUUCUAGAAAAAGCUGGAUAGAAAAGAGGUUACCAAAUUGCAAAAUCUAUUUAAACAAUGCAUUUACUCUGGAUUCAGCAUGGAUACAUCCUGAAGAAGUACGGAUUUACCAAGGACAUGAGAAGCCUCUUGUUAUGACAAAUCAAGUUGUGGCUUUAUCUAGGCCAGCUGCUGCCCCCAGGCCUCUUCCUGCAAUGGUGUUAGCCCCCCAGCCUAUUCCAGGUGGUUGCUUUAAACAUGCUGGCAGUAACCAGACAAUUGCAUUUGCUGCAGCCAUGGUGUCAGUAGACGCAGAAGCCCCUCAGGGACCAUCUACAGCCAAUGUUCAGCCACGUCAUGUUCUCACUUUGUCACCAAUCAAAAUACCAGUGUUGACAUCACCUUUCCCAGGUGCUUCUUCUAGAACAGAUACGCGUAUGAGUUCCCUGAUGCCAACUCAAGUCACCAGGGUAGCAGCUAUCUCUUCACCAUCUGUGACGUUCAUGGCAACCAAUUUGGUGGAUCAGACCUUAACAGAUAAAGGCAAAGAAUCAAACAGAUCUUCCUGCCCGCCAACCCUGAUUCUGCAUACUGAAAUAAAAAACAAGCCAACAGAGAAUGAAAACAAGAGUUGUUCUAUAAAACUGCUCCCAGAAGAUGACAGUGCUUCAAAUGGCAACAAGCCUGUGGCAUCCACUCCUGUCCCAGGAUCUCCUUGGUGUGUAGUCUGGACUGGAGAUGACCGAGUCUUCUUCUUCAACCCUACAAUGCAGUUGUCAGUAUGGGAGAAACCUGUGGAUUUAAAGAAUCGUGGAGAUAUUAACAGGAUCAUCGAAGACCCACCUCAUAAACGCAAACUGGAAACUUCAGCAACAGGCAAAAGUGAUGGCUCUUCUCCAGAGGACAUAAAUAACGAUCACAGUACCAAAAUCAAGAGAAAUAGGCUGGAAGAUCCACAGAAUGCUGAGUCAGAAAAGGAAGAGAAAAGUGUGAAGGCAUCAGAACAUCAGAUUAUGCUUCCAUUGGAAGAACGUAUUACCCAUUUUCGAGAUAUGCUUCUGGAAAGAGGGGUAUCUGCAUUUUCCACAUGGGAAAAAGAGUUACAUAAAAUAGUUUUUGAUCCACGCUACCUUCUGCUUAACUCAGAAGAACGGAAACAGAUCUUUGAGCAAUUUGUCAAGACCAGAAUAAGGGAAGAAUACAAGGAAAAGAAAAAUAAAUUACUACUAGCCAAAGAGGAAUUUAAAAAACUGCUGGAGGAAUCAAAAUUAUCACCCAGGACAACAUUCAAGGAGUUUGCAGAGAAAUAUGGCAGAGAUCAACGAUUUCGGCUCGUUCAGAAAAAGAAAGAUCAAGAGCAUUUUUUCAACCAGUUCAUACUUAUCCUUAAAAAGAGAGACAAAGAAAACAGAAUACGGCUACGGAAAAUGAGAUAAAAAAGAAAUGUGCAAUAAGAAUGCAAAUCAAGUACUGAGGUUUCUACGGUGGACAAAAAUGAAGGGCAUGCGUUAUGUGUCAUCUUUUUUGAGUUCAUAUCCAAGCAAUUUUAAGAAAAGCCAGAUAACUUGAAGAUCCAUUUCUGUGCCAGAAGUUUCAAUGAACGCAUGCUAAGUGUAAGGCAGCACUGCAGGAAUCUGUAGGAUAUUUCAUUCUCAGAGACUUAAUGUUUCAUAUUGAAGCUCUCUUUUUUACAACAUUCAAGUUUGAUGCAUUUCUAAUUACCAUGAUAUGUCAGUCCCUUAAUUGUUUUAAUUAUGCAAAUUACUUGUAAUAUACACAAAUUCUAAAUCCAGUGUGAUUUGUAAUUAAGCAGCAACAGAUGCCAUCCAUAACAAUUUCAAGACAUUAUUUUUCACCAUUUAAUGAAAUUCACUGAAGUCUGCCAUCCUAUGGACAUUUAUUUGGAAAUAAAUCCAGUGAAUUCAGUGGAUCUUAUUUCCAGGCAACCAUGGUUAGGUUUGCACCACACCACAAUGUGUUUUUCCCCCCAGCUUUUUCAUUAAACAUCAACAAUUCAGAGGUCCAGUGAAUUGAGGAUAUCAUUACUCAGUGUUCAUAGGUCUAAGUCUAGUUUUCUGAGUAGUAGUAGUAAUAGGGUAUUAAUUGUAAACCAUAGUGAAGAGUGUGAAUAUCUUGGCACCUUUCCCGUAGAACAAUGUAUAAAUCUUAAUUUAAAAAAAGAAAAGAAAGAAAUGAAUUUGUAAGUAAAUUAUUCUGAAUGGUGCUCCAAGCACACUGAAAAGAGUGGCACUUCUCUAUUAAAAGCUCCUAUAAAGAAGUUAUUUUGUAAACCCAUCCUAUUAAUAUUUUAGUUAUUUUUAUUGUAUGCAAAGAGUUUGCAUGAGAUUUGUCUCAUCUUUGUAUAAACAAAUAUUUUAACUUUUUUUUAAUUAAUAAAUAUUUUAAGAUUAUUUGUCAUUUUGGUUUGUACAAAAAAAAAUGAAGAAAAAGAAACUGUCACUGAAAACACAGUCAUUGGAGAUGUUGGUUCUUUUCCUUUCCUUUAAUGGUAUGGCUUUAUUGGCCAAAUCCUUAAUUUAAGACCUGGCAUCUGGGGUUGGAUCAUAGGAUCUCUUUUGACCUUGUACACUAGAGGCAGGACUCAGUGUAUGCCAGGCUGGGGAAAAAACCACAUGUCUAGUACCCUGUGAUGUAAGUAAAAAAAAUUAGUUUAGCUUUUCUGACAAAGAAACUUUUCUAAACUAGAAAACACUUGGCAGUUUGAUGAUUCUGGGUCAACCGAGUCUUAUGUGGAUACUAAAUACUUCAUCAGAUCACAGUAUGGGCAGUAUAUAAAAAUCCCAAGUACAUAAAUAAAAGCCUGAUCUUCUGCUCUUAUCUGGACCACAGAGCAAUCCCUUCUGCAUAUUGCCUUUUAGCCUCAGGUUCAGUUCCAGCAGUGGAUCAUAAAGACCACUGGGGUGGAGAAUAUAAUUAUGCACAGGGAUCAUGUCCUCCCAGUGUUGAAAGUUCGGUACUGGGUGCCCAUUAGUUUUUAGCAUGAUUCAAAGUGCUGCUUCUUACUUUUAAAGACCAUCUCCUUCCAUAGUAUCCAGUCCAGCAGAAAUGACUGAUCUCCCAAGCUCUGCUUUCUGUACCCCUAUUUUCAGAGAUAGGUUGGUGGCAACAAGAAAAGGGGCUUUUUCAGUAGUGGCAUCCUAUUUGUAGAAUGUCUUGCCCCUUGAGGCUCCCCUGAUGCCUACACUGAAUAGAUGCCAGCCCAAAAUGUCUCCAUUCACCCAGGCUUUUGAAUAAGUACUCUUUUUAGAUUGUUUUGUUUGUUUUCAGCUGUCUGUGGCCUGUUUUUGUGAUCUGUGAUUUUAUGCUGGACUUUUUUCAUGCUGAAUUUUAAUUGAUAGCUUUUAAUAUUUUGUUUUUUAUUUUUUGUAAGCUGCCUCAGACAGGCUUCUGGGAAAGCAGAAUAUUUUUUUCCUAAAUACAAUAAAUCAUAUAUCAGGAUUUAUACAGCCUUAUACGAAGUCCCUGACAGAUUCAAGUUAUAUCUGUUUUCCUGUACAUUGCCUUUUCACACAAGGUGGAUCCAAGGCAGGUGAUGUUGUAGGUCAAUUUUAUGCAGCAGCUGAUCAUAUAGAUUUUGUAUGCCCCAAGCCAUCACAAUAAACAGUCAAAGAAAUGGCCCUGAUUCUCAGUGUUCCAAUUAAGAUGGAUACUCUGAAGCUUUUGGACUGGGAUCAAUCUUCCUUGGAUUUAAGCAUUCAGAUUUAUAAAUAUGAGCAAAUGUGAAUCUAAAUGAAUGUGAAGGGCAAAUAAGGUGAUAUCACUGUUGAGUUUUACAGUCCUAACUGUACUCAGAUCAAAAGAAAGAGGUAUGUAAGUAUUGCGGAAGUAUGUCCUUAAUGAGCUCAGCAGCAUCUUGUGGAAAAAAAGCAGACUUUGCUUGGGAACUGAAGACAUUCUGUUGCCAUCUCCUUAGAUCUAGUUUUACCCACUGAAGCAUUUGUAGUUGUUUUCUUCCUUGUUUCCUUUGAAGACAAGCUUUCACCACAGCGGCGGGGGGGGAGCACAAUUUCCUUGAUGAGUGCCAAAUAAAAAUAUACUUAACUUUAAAGAGCAUUAGCAGUAAAAAUAGCAAAUAUCUCAGGAGGAUUUCAUUGUAAAGGCAAGAGGGUUUGUGUGCUAAUGUUUGUGUUUUGUUUGCAUUAAUAUCUAUUUUCUAUGAACUGUUAUUUUGCUCCCCAAAGAACAUAGUAUUGAUUUAGUAAUGGCAGGGAAAUGUUAUAUAAGCAGCUAGAGGUCAGAAAUCAAAAAACUACUGUGCAUUUUUUAUGUAUUUACAAAAACUCUUUUUUUCCACAAAGACAACCAGCCAUUGCCUGUACUUCAACUAUAGAUCACUGGCUAUGGUAAUAACUUGUAAGCACAAAAGUUUAUGGGAACUCUAACUUUUUGGUAGCACUGCAGUAGACCUGUACAUAAACACUGAUAUUGUUAAUAAAAGAGAAAGGAAAAUCUA